AUGGAGCCCACUAUCCAACAUGGCGAUUAUCUGCUGGUAGAAAGGCUCUCCCUUUAUAGAGGUCAAAUCAAGAAUGGAGACAUCGUUGUUGCAAGACAGCCUCGAGAGACCGGUACCUGCUGUCACAUUCUCAAACGCGUCCGAGCAACCGGCGGUGAAGCUGUAGAUUACUGGAAUCCUAAGUUAUCAAAAUCUGUCACUACAUAUGUCCCAGAGAAACACGUUUGGCUUGAAGGUGACAAUAAGCGCCAUUCCCUGGAUUCUCGAACCUAUGGGUCGGUCCCGAUGAGGCACUUGGAAUACCGUGUCUUCUGUCGCCUCUGGCCGCUCUCCUCCUUUGGUAGAUUCGGCAAGGAAAGUCGCGCGAGGUGA